UAUCAUGUACACCCAAGAGAUCAAGACAUUUCUUUUAGCUGUCUCAAUUUUUUUUCUUUUUGGGUUUUACGAAGAGAUCAAGGAAAAGAAAAGAAAAAAGAUAAUCUCUCUCUCUCUCAAUGGCUAAUCACCUUGUAGCUUCACUUCCCAUAUCCAUGCCUCGUGUGCAUAUCUCAUCACUUGCAAUUUCAAAAUCAACUUCUUCUUCUACUGGACUAGUUUUGGCUCAAGCACAUCAGCAAUGCUCCAUGAAAACUGCCUUUCAACCACCGAAAACUACCAAGGAUAUUGCUCGAAGAUCGGCGAACUACAAACCCACAAUUUGGAACUUUGAUUACAUCCACUCACUAUCAAACAAUUACGUGGGAGAAACAUACAGUAAACGUGCGGAGGAGCCGAAGGAACAAGUAAGGGCGAUAAUUGAGGAGGCCGUAGAUGAUCCUCUGCUUCAACUCAAUCUCAUCGAUACAUUGCAGAGACUUGGCUUGUCUUAUCACUUUCAGGAUCACAUUCACACUAUUUUGAAGGCCAUGCACAAUACUCAGGCAUGGAGGAACGAGAUUAUUAAUAAUAAUUUAUACGCCACAGCUCUUGAUUUUAGGCUCCUAAGACAACACGGUUAUUGGGUUCCUCAAGAGGUUUUUAAUGGUUUCAAGGAAGGAGGGACUUUCAAGGCAUGCUUAAGUGAGGAUACAGAAGGAAUGCUAUCUCUGUAUGAAGCUUCAUAUCAUUCAGUAGAAGGUGAAAGUACUUUGGAGGAAGCAAAAGAUUUCACCACCAAACAUCUCAAACAAUACAUCCAAAAUAAGAAGCUAGAUGACCAAAAUGAACAACUUUCUAUCUUAGUAACCCAUGCAUUAGAGCUUCCACUCCACUGGAGGACGCCAAGAUUGGAGACCAGAUGGUUCAUCGAUGUAUAUCACACCACAAAACACAUGAAUCCUAUUAUACUUGAGCUUGCGAAAUUGGAUUACAACAUGGUGCAGUCAACGCACCAGGAAGAUCUCAAACAUGCAUACAGGUGGUGGAGCAACACUGGACUGGUACCAAAAUUGAGCUUUGCCAGGGACAGGUUGGUUGAGAAUUUCUUAUGGUCAAUGGAAAUGAUAUCAGAGCCUCAAUUUGGAUAUUGUAGGAGAAUGUCUACAAGGAUUCUUUCAUUAAUUACAACAAUUGAUGAUAUAUAUGAUUUGUAUGGUACCUUGGAUGAACUGGAGCUCUUUACAAAUGCUGUUCAAAGAUGGGAUAUGAAUGAAAUGGAUGGGCUACCAGAUUACAUGAAGUUAUGUUUCCUUGCUCUUCAUAAUUCAAUAAAUGAGAUGGCAUUUGACGUUCUAAAGAACCGGGAGUUUCAUAUCAUUAAGUACCUCAAAAACUCAUGGGCAGAUCUUUGUAAAUCUUAUUUACAGGAGGCAAAGUUGUACUAUUCUGGAUACACACCAACCUUGCAAGAGUAUAUUGAAAAUGCAUGGGUUUCAAUAUCCGCACCCCUUGUACUGGUGCAUGCCUAUUUCUUUCUUAACAAUCCUAUAACACAAGAGGAAUUGCAACGUUUGGAAGAAUACUCUGGGAUAAUCCGAUCCUCAGCAAUUGUUCUUCGACUUGCAGAUGAUUUAGGAACAUCAUCAGAUGAAUUAAAGAGAGGCGAUGUUCCUAAAGCAAUGCAAUGUUAUAUGCAUGAAAGUUGUGCUUCUGAAGAAGAUGCAUAUGAGCAUAUAAAAUUUCUGAUUGAAAAAAUGUGGAAGAAGAUGAAUGAAGAUUCAGGAUAUGCAAAGUCUGCUGGUAAUAUUUACUCUGAAACUUUUAUAAGAAGUGCCAUGAAUUUGACUAGAAUGGCUCAGUGCAUUUACCUAUACGGGGAUGGAUAUGGAGUUCAAGACCGCCACACAAAAGACAAUGUCUUAUCCUCAGUUAUCGAACCUAUUCCCCUUUAGACAUAAUUAAACUUCAAUAUUGUUAAUUUUAUGCUCUUUGCCCAGGUUUCCAAGCUACCUAUGAUAUAUCUAUUAAUCAAUAAUGCAAAUUAAAUUCUUCCUCCACAUACGUAUA